UGUAGUGGUUUCAUUCAAGACUUGCGUGAUUGUUCUAUAUUACUACUUGUUUGUGUCCCGAUUGGAUUAAGAACGCUCGAAGAUAUGAAGCUUUAUAAUACAUGGAUUUCACUCCUUAUAAUUGGAGCUGUAUUCCUAUGCACAACAGAAGCUAGAAGAAUACGGGUUCAACCAGUCCAGGAUGAGCAAGAAGACGAGUCCGUUCAAUACUAUGCGGCCGAGCCACAGGAAGACCGUCAGCAAGUAGUGUUGGUAUCCUCCGCCGAUCAAUACAAUGGUCUUUACGGACAACCCACUGCUUCACCCCGCGUGGCACAAGAAACCUAUAUACCAAGGGGCCACACCAAAGCCUCCUCGUUGCAAGUUAAACAAAAAGAAACUGCAAAGGCACCCCCAGUACAAACCAUUAGAAAUUACAACAAAGUUAACGAUGAUGGAUCCUUCACCUUCGGCUACGAAGCAGCCGAUGGAAGCUUCAAGGAGGAAACCAGAGGCACCGACUGCGUUGUAAGGGGCAAAUAUGGUUAUAUUGAUCCAGAUGGCAACAAAAGAGAGUUCACAUAUGUAUCUGGAAACCCAUGCGAUCCCAACGCGCCGAAAGAAGAACAAGACGACGUACCCGAAUCCGAAAGCGUUGAACAGGACAAUGGUCCAGCGAAUUACCCCACCAGGCCGAUCAUCCCUAUUAGACCAGUAACACAAGCACCAAAACCUGCUGUUACUCUGUUCCAAAAUACCUAUAAUCAGGAUGAGGAAGAACAACCUGAGCCAGAACAGCUUCUUAAACCACAGCCUGUUCGUCGACCAACUUACAUCACCCGUCCCCAAUAUUUGGACCAAUCACCUGCUGCCGAACAAGACGACAUCCCACAAUACAAACGUCCCAUUAUUCCAUCUACAACACCUGCUUCAGUAAUUUAUCGUCACAGCGUAACCCCAGUGACCAUCACUCCAAGACCACACACCGCAUCGCCUUCUCCAUCGACCAGACCACAACUACCUGCUACUACCUACAGGCCUCAACUGUUGCAAGUUGCAGUUACUCCAAGACCAUCUUUGUUAUACACCAAGCAACUAUCUGCUUCACCAGCUCCAUCCACAAUCUCUCCUCCAAGAGGCAGUGGAAACGUUGAUUUUGACUCUGAGUUCCAAAGAUUCCAACAAGAGAACAGUAUUGUAUCGUCAACACCAGCCACCAUCACCAAGGCUUCCACCAAGCCCGCUUCUGUGAAAUCACCAAACUCCGGCAAUGUAUAUUCCUCUGCUUUAGUUUUCGAUCCUUCAUCAGGACAAUACAACACUCAGCUGUACCAGACUCUUCCACAAACCGAAGGCGAUUUCACCUUGAGUCAAAGAAUCCAACCUUACGUCCAUCAGCCACAAAGACAAGUAGUGAAUAUCCAACAACUUCAACAACAAAGCCCUCUGUACUCUCAAAGUCUGAGGCCCCAACCAACUCCAUCCCAAUUGCAAAGCACGUUAUACCAACCAACUCCAACAAGGCCGUCUCCACAGGCCGCCUACCAACAACAACAAGCUGAACUUCAAUUCCAGAACUCAGCCCAGCUGUACGCCCAACAGCAGAGAGUCAGAACCCAAUCCGUCCAACCAUCAAGAGCUGCAACAACUGUACAACAACAGCAGCAACCAGUCUACUACAUCCAGCCAUCUCAACUGGAAGGAUUGGCAUCCAGUCAGAUAGACGCCUUUCUGAGAGGACACAACAUUCAGUUCUAGAUUUUACGAGUUUAAGGACAAUUUACGCUUCGGACUCAAUAAACGUGAGGGCAAAACAGUGACCUCUAUCGGCAUGGUAGUGAAAGUGUAACGUGCUCGUUGUCUUAGAAAUACGGUCACGCCUGCCUUACAUAACCACACAUAAUGAACGUACGAAUUAAAACAUCACAAGGUGGUUCAUUUCACUUUUCUAAUACGUGGUAUCUUUACCGAUCUGUUUUGCUUUCAUCAGUCGGGUAGAGUCAUUGUCAUUCUUUUCAAGGUCGCAUUUGACUCCGACGACAUUGGUAACCUUGCCAAAUAAAAACAAAUUGCUCCUAUUUAUCUCAUACUAUUUAGGAUUGAGUGCCUUAUUAAAUUAUCAUAUUAUUUUUUUUACUAUUCUUUGCGGAGAUGACUGCUGUUUAAUUUGUAUAUAACAUCUACGUCCUUAGUCCUCUUAACAAUGUAAAAGUAUUAUUAUAUUAUAUCUGUAUUUUGUACGUAAGUAUGUGUAUACAAU